AUGGCGGCUAAGAAGAACGUCCGCGAUAUCACCCCCUCGGCCGCUGCUACCACUCAGGCCAGCACCACCAGCGCUGGUUCCGUUCCUCCUCAGCCUCAGCCGAAGCCCGUCGCCAUCGCCAAGAACGAAAUCAAGGGCGAAGUUCAGUGGGACAAGGUAGUCCAGAACCUCUACAAUCACUACGUCAACAACACUCCUCAGCGCAUCAAGUUGGUUGAUGCCUUUAUGGUCUUCCUUGUUGUCGUUGGUGUUCUCCAAUUCAUCAACUGCGCCCUCGCUGGCACCUUCCCCUUCAACGCUUUCCUGUCCGGCUUCUGUGUGACAGUUGGGCAGUUCGUCUUGACUGCUUCGCUACGACUUCAAACAAAUGAGGCUGUCAAGAAUGAUUGCCCUUCAGUAUCCCCCGAAAGAGCUUUCGCCGACUAUAUCGUCUGCAGCUUGAUCCUGCACUUCUUCGCCAUCAACUUCAUUAACUAG